UCCAGUCCGAAGUCCAUCGUUAAAUGAAAAGUCCGAUAUGCACCGUCCGCCAUUUCAAAGUUUUGCGUCGCAGUUCGCCGUUCGGUAUCGGUUCAUUCAAAGCGUAACGCUCUCUUACGCUCUCGAAAUUCCAGAUUGUUAAAAAAAAUUCUUUCCGCAGUUACGAAAAAAAACUGCUAUUCAUUUAAUUUCUAUACGUGUCGUGUUGUUCGGUCACCAUUGAUCUUUCAUCGUAUUGUUACGCGCUCGUAUCGUACGCUGUAAAAUUUGUGACCGCUGCAUGCAAUUCCACGUUAUCCGCAUUAAGAUCAGAAACGUCACAGUUAUGGAAAAUAUUAGUAGAGAAACUACCAAACAAGGAAAAGAAGAGCUGCAAAACGAUGUUGCGACUGAAUUAUCAGACAAUAUCGAAGAGCAACAGAAGAAAGAAGAGCCACUAAAGAAAAAUUUCAAAUAUUAUUUUAACAGAUUUAGAUACUAUCAUUAUCAUUGUUCCGAAAAAAUUAAUUCCUUCAUCGCAGUGAUAUGCAUGUGGAUUAUUAAAAUUCAGUUCUACUUAAUGGGUUUCAGAAUUAAUGGACUUCCCUCGAUUCAUGAAAUUGAGGAGGAAAAUUAUUUAAACGACGAUUAGUACCACUAUAUUAUUUCAUAAUUUCGAUUAUACUUUAUAUGUGUGCAAUCCAAUUAAAUAUAAAGAUAGAACGUAAAAAAAUUCAACAAGAUAUAAUUUUGAAAAAAAGAACCAAUGAAACCAUCGCAUUAUCCUAAUCGAAGCAUUGAAUGAAUAAAGAAUUACCUUGA